AUGAAGCUUCUCAACUGCUCCACCCUUCGCAUCGAGGAGAUGCAUUGGGCAAGAAAGCAGGAACUCGAAGUGAAGGGCAUUUCCACAGCCUACGCUAUCCUUUCUCACAAAUGGGAGAGCGAUGAGGAUGAGGUUACCUUCGAAGACAUGGCCAGUGCCGACAUAAAGUCCAAAAAGCUGCUUGGGUGGUCGAAGAUUGAGAAAACUUGCACCGAGGCACUCAAGAUCGGGAUCGGAUACGCCUGGAUAGACACUUGCUGCAUCGAUAAGCGAAACCUCACCGAACUUACUGAAGCCAUCAAAUCAAUGUUCAGGUGGUAUGCAGAGGCGGAGAUUUGCUUCGCGUAUCUCUCAGAUGAGCUCAUCGCUCCGGGCAAAAUGGAGUUCUACGACAAGAAUUGGAAUGCAAUUGGCAGCCGAUUCAACCUCUCACGACAAAUUCAAAUGCGAACAUCCGUCAACGCUGAAAUCUUGAGACACAACUCAUCGACGCACGAAAGUAUCCAGGAUCUCCUGGCCGGUAUUCCAGUGGGCCGGCGCAUGUCGUGGGCUGCUGAUCGCAAGGCAAAGAAAGAGAAAGAUCGCGCUUACUCACUCUUGGGCAUCUUCGGCGUCAGUAUGCCUUUGCGUUAUGGGGAAGGCAACCGAGCUUUCAUUCGUUUACAGGAAGAGAUCAUCAAGGAGACCAACGACAUGUCACUGUUCGCUUGGUGUGAUUCCACAGUCACUUGCAUAGAUGACUUAGAAGAGUUCCGUGGCAUCCUCACCACUACUCCGGAUCAUUUCCGCGAUUGUUGCAAUCUAACAUCUCUAAGCGAUCCAAGGCGUGGCCCAGAGUUUUCGAUGACAAACAAAGGUUGUCGAAAGAUUGAAGGUUCCAUCCAUGAAUUCCAGGGCAUUUUGCUCUAUCAGCUCAGCAAUGAGAGCUAUGUCAGAACGAGACCGGACAAGCUCUAUGCUAGCAGCUGCGCAUCCGAAAGCCGGCCAUUCGAAAAGAACGUUCUCUUCAUCGCUAAGCAAUUCAAUAUGGGCCUACAGGCAGAGGAUUUGUGGAUUCCUGGCCGUAAUCCUGGCCGUAAUAUCAAGUUCUGCAUCGACGAUAAGCAGCCAAAAUUGCAUGUAAUGCUGCGCUGGAGCUCACCAUUUUUUGCUGCUUGGAUCCCGUCCACACAUACUAUUGAGAGCUGCGAGCUUUGGAAAUUUGAAGGAGAGGUGGAGGUCAAGUCUGGCAAUGGAACUAAGUUCACAUUGAUCUGUGGAUUCGACACGCAACAUAACUUCUGGAUUUAUCGGGAUGAAAAGGCUCUCAGCGGCCAUUGGAUGAAACCUGAAGAUUACAUGCCCGCAGGGCAUGGAUUUAAGGUGGAAAAGGGAAUGGAAGACGGUGUACCAACUACAUUCAUCCACCUGUUCCGUACCGAGGCUGUCGUAGAGAGAUCUAUUGAAGUGACAUAG